CCGGCACUCAACUUCAGCUGACGUAUUCUUAGCCUGAUAUCUUGAAUCUGAUUACUUGUCCAGCAGCAGAGAAUAAAAGCUCAAGCUGAUUCAAGUUCAAGCCAGAGACAAAUGCUAGCAGCAGCUCGAGCAGAACUCGCGUCUGGUGAUUCAGGCGCCGGGCCAAAUGGUGCCUCCACAAAACCGCCCAAGAAGCGCGUCCGCAAUUUCACGGCAGAUGACCGGGCUGCACAUCGCAUCUUUGAGAAGAAGCGCCGGGAGCUGUUUCGAGAGCGGCUUAACGACCUGGCGAAAGAACUACCAGCGCUAGCUGGGAAGAACCCCGCCAGGCUGUCCAAGCACGACGUGAUUGAUGAGAGCAUCUCACGUCAUCAGUUCGAACGCACUGCGUGCCUGGAUGUGAUACAGGCUUAUAGGGCGAUGGUUCGGGAACGAGAUGAGCUGCUUGCUGAGGUGAAUACCUGGCGAGCUACCGCUGCGAUGCCUGAACGUCGUUCUAUGAGCACCCAGAUGAACCUUGAUGACCUGGGGAAGUUGGAGACUAGAAUUCGAGGUCAGCAAGCAGAAGGCUUUCGUGCUGAUGCCCAAGACUCAGCUCCGCUGGAUACGAGCUACACUGUCGUCAACGAUCCGACUUCUCAGCCUUCUUUCUCUCCUCCGACCAAUUCUAUUCACCCAGCACCAGUACCCCACACAACCUUACUAGGUAACGAAGAAGCCAGUCUAAUUCAAAGCUCUUCAUUUGAUCCGACUGGACCAAUACCUCAUUCAGAUGAGCUUAUCAACCAGACUAUGGCUCUGAUGGAAACGCAACAUUUACCAAACCAAGCUAUGAUGAUGCCACUAAAGAAUAUGAACGAGUCCAGCGUCGAUGAAAUUGCAGAAACACAACUGGAGAAUGGCAGGCCGAUCUCUAACAUGCACGACUUCCUUGCGGACACUUCAGGCGAUCAGAUGUCUCUCACGGGCUGGGGUACCGACUUUCCUCUUUCAGCGAUGGAUUUUGGGCCAGAUACGACACUUCAACAAUAUUGUUUCUAGUACUCUUGGGCAAAUUGCUUUGGUGGUCAAUUUCUCGGCGAUGUGAAAGACUUGUCUACACUUUAGCCUGCAUGGCUUCAACCUUGGCCUUGCUUCGCUCUUCACCACCAAUAAACAGUGUCAGCGCAUCUGCCAAGCGAGUCUUGGUCGCUUUAUCAGCCUCAUUCGCCUUGUCAAUCUCAGCACCACCGUUAGCAAGAUAGUCGACAUCAGUGCUGGCCAGUUUUCCAUCCCAGUCUGGUCCAGCCAAGGGAUCGAUAGAAAGGAGCUUCUUGAGUCUCUCAGGGAGUGGAUUAGCGUUCUUAUACGCGUGAACAGGCUUAGGAAGACCUUCUCCGGGCUGCUUGGAAGCAUCGUAAGGAAGCUUUGAGAGUUUCUCGAGGACGGUGUGAGAGAUGGUGGCUGAGUGGCAUCCCAUCUCACCAGCGGCCAUAGCUUCCUGAGGCGUGAUAAAGCUGGGGACCUGUCAGUUUGGAUGCUGGUAUCUGUGGUCUAUUUCCUACCUGGCAUUUUUCACAAGGGGUUGUUCCUUUCCGGUUUCCUUGUAAAGCCGUUUGUAUGUCUCAAGAAUCUGGACGAUGCGUGGAGAGUUUGGGUGCUCCAGCGCAGGGUCAGCAACGUCUGGCCAAAGAGAUAGCUCAUCAUGCGCCCGCGUUUCUGUAGCUUUGUGUUAAUUGUUUAACGUUACUGCUUAUUUAUUUAACUUACCGUUGUAGUAGGG